AACUAAGAUAUAAUAAAAAUUCUUUACUUUCUUCAGUAAAGAACUUCACCUUCACCCCGUAUUAACCUAAUAACCCAAUCCUGCUUUGCUGCUAAUUAUCAAGGGUAAUGGAGGAGAAGGCACAGAUCGAAAUCCCAAGAGUGACACUGGGCAGUCAAGGAUUAGAGGUUUCUAGAUUAGGCUUCGGGUGCGUUGGAUUAUCAGGACUAUACAACGCUCCUCUUUCUCAAGAAGCUGGAUGUGCAGUUAUUAAGGAAACAUUCGACAGGGGUAUCACCUUCUUUGAUACAUCAGAUCUCUAUGGGCAUGAUCAUGACAAUGAAAUGAUGGUUGGCAAGGCAUUGAAACAGCUUCCUCGAGAAAAAAUUCAACUGGCUACAAAAUUUGGGUUGGUCAAGUUAGAGGGGGGUCGCUAUGGUCAACAAGGGGUAAGGGGAAGCCCAGAAUACGCUCGAAAAUGCUGUGAAGCUAGUCUUAAGCGACUUGAGGUCGACUAUAUUGAUCUUUACUAUCCGCAUCGCAUCGAUGUUACAGUGCCAAUCGAGGAUACUAUGGGGGAGCUUAAGAAGCUGGUUGAAGAAGGAAAGAUCAAAUAUAUUGGAUUAUCAGAAGCUAGUGUUGACACAAUAAGGAGAGCUCAUGCGGUUCAUCCCAUCACUGCAGUACAAAUGGAGUAUUCCCUUUGGGCCCGAGACAUCGAAGAUGAGAUUGUCCCAGUUUGCCGGGAGCUUGGUAUUGGAAUAGUUGCAUACAGCCCUCUUGGUCGUGGUUUCUUUGCUGGAAAGGCAGUUCUUGAGCCCUUGCCCCCGGAGAGUGUAUUGUCUAUGUUUCCAAGGUUCAGCGGGGAAAAUUUUGAGAAGAACAAAAAUCUUUAUAAGAAACUUGCCAGUCUGGCUGAAAAGCAUGCCUGCACUACUCCUCAACUAGCUUUGGCAUGGCUUCUCCAUCAGGGUGGAGACAUUGUCCCAAUCCCUGGUACAACUAAAGUUAGGAACCUUGAUAACAACAUUGGUUCCUUGGCUAUAAAGCUCUCUGAAGAUGAUCUGAAAGAAAUUUGCGAUGCCGUGCCCAUAGAUGAAGUUGUCGGUGCUCGACAAAUUGCUGCUCUUUCUCACUUGGCUUGGAAUUUUGCCAAUACCCCAUCAAGGAACAAUUAAUGCAGAAAAGGAUAUACAUGUCGUGUAUCCCAACGAGUGAAAAAGGAACCACGCAUCAAGCCGUACCUAAUUCUGACAGUGCAGGACAGAUAUUACAUGCCUAGAAAAUAUUACGUGUGAACGUUGUGUUGAAUCUAAAAUUAAACUAGUUAUGAGAUGGCUUAUGGUUCACGUAUCUAAAAUUAAACUGAGUACAAUCUUAAUUUUGUGAGUGAGUGAGUGAUAGUCGGUGAGACUAGUUAUGAGAUGGCUUAUGGUUCACGUA